CCUCAGUGUGCGCACAGAUUAAAUCGACUUAAGACAUGUCUGGUGGCACCUCAGACACAGGAGGCUUCUGUCGAGUGUGCCACUUCAAAAACGACCCUCUCCGAGCCUGAUAUUAUCUCACACAAACAUCAGUUCGAUUACAAACAAAACAAAAUCCACAGAGAGGUGAGCUUCAGUGGCACAGGACUGAAUCAAACGGGUAUUUUUGCACCCUCAGACUGUCAUGGGACACCCGCAAAGCUACCAGAAUAUCCCUCUGGGAAAUACUGCCAAUUCGACACAAACAGGUUUGGCAUCAGUUCAAAGGGGGUGUUUGACCUGCCGGCCCAGCAGUCCCACACAGAGCACCAGAGAGCAGACGAGACAACAACAACAGCUUCCCCUUCACUAGACCGACCAAAUUACUCUGCAGCAGGCAGAGCGUUUAUCAUGGAGGAGCCAGAGGACCCCUAUUACGUCACCAUGUAUUACCCGGGCUCAGUGUAUGUGGACAUGUCAGACGUAGUUCCUCCAGAAGUGAGACCCAAACCAGCCGUCCCUGCCAAACCCCCAAAUGUGGGGGGUCCUUCCCCCUCCAACCCCUUCCCGCCCCAGGGCACAGGUAUGGGAGGAGGAGGCGGCGGUGUUUCAGCUCCUCCUCCAAGUGCCAUUCCAGUGCCCAUCGGGAGUCACGGCCCAGGCCAUGCUGUGAGUCAUAAUUUGGGCCAUGGUGUGGGGCAUGCUGCAAGCCACGCUGCGAGCCAUGCUGCGAGCCAUGCUGCGAGUCAUGUUGGAGGUCACACUGCGGCACACAAUGGAGGUCAUGCAGGCUCCCACAGCUCCGGCGGUGGAUCCACUCUGCUGGGGUACAUUGGAAUUGACACCAUCAUUGAGCAGAUGAGGAAGAAGACCAUGAAGACGGGCUUUGACUUUAAUAUCAUGGUGGUCGGUCACAGUGGUCUCGGAAAAUCAACUCUGGUGAACACCCUAUUCAAGUCCCAGGUGAGCAGGAGGAGCGCAGGAUGGGGCCGUGAUGAGAAGAUCCCCAAAACUGUGGAGAUCAAAGCGAUGUCUCAUGUUCUUGAGGAGGGUGGUGUGAAGAUGAAGCUGACAGUUGUCGACACGCCAGGUUUCGGAGACCAAAUUAACAACGACAACUGCUGGGAGCCAAUUUCCAAGUACAUCAAUGAGCAGUAUGAGAAGUUCCUGAAGGAGGAGGUCAACAUCACCAGAAAGAAGCGCAUCCCCGACACCAGGGUGCACUGCUGUCUCUAUUUCAUCUCCCCAACUGGACACUCUCUUCGGCAAUUAGACAUCGAGUUCAUGAAGCGCUUGAGUCACUCGGUCAACAUUAUUCCUGUCAUUGCAAAGGCGGACACAAUGACCAUUGAGGAGAGACAGGAGUUCAAACAGCGGGUAAGGAAGGAGCUGGAGAUGGGCGGCAUUGAGUUUUACCCGCAGAAAGAAUUUGAUGAGGACAUGGAGGACAAGAGCGACAAUGACAAGAUCAGAGAGACGAUGCCCUUUGCUGUGGUGGGCAGCGACAAAGAAUAUCAAGUGAAUGGCAAACGAGUUCUGGGGAGGAAGACAGCGUGGGGCAUCGUAGAAGUUGAAAAUCCAAACCAUUGUGAGUUUGCCCUGCUGAGAGAUUUCGUGAUCAGGUCUCACCUCCAGGAUCUGAAGGAGGUCACUCACAACAUUCACUAUGAAACCUAUCGUGCCAAGAGACUGAACGAGAACGGAGGUCUUCACCCCAUAUCCUCCAAUGACACCCAAGAAAGCAACCUGUAGUCAGUUCAGUGAGAAGGAGACUAAAAACAGUGCAAUGAAGCUGGUAGAUGAAUCCACAGAAUAUUAUUAUUAUCGUCACCGCGGCAUCGCUGCAUGCUUGGAAACAAUUAUAUCUGUAAAUUCAGUCAUUUAAACAUUUCAUUUUUUUCUGAUCGUUAACUCCAUCCAUUGUCUCCUACACUUUAUUCCUGACAGACACAUAUCAAACACAUCUGGUUUCAUUUCACAGUAAUUCCUGUGAAUAUUUGAAUGAAAGGAAAGUCCAAAACGGAUAACUUAGUGCCAUUAUUAAGAUGACAAUUUAUCGACUGCCAAUACCUUGUUGUAUCAUCGAGCGGGUAGAGUAAGAUAAGAAAGUGCCACAUUCUUAGGCUUUGUGAAUAAGAGGCAAAUUUUUAAGUUUUAGUGUUGUGUAGCAACUGAUGUCUGAAUUCAGACAAAUAAAAUUAUUGAUUUGAUUUGCAAGAUACUAAAAUCAAUUCUUGCGCAGUAGCAAUGCAUGAGACAGUUCUGCAGUUGACUCAGUACAAAUUGCUUUUUAAGUUUCUCAUCAGCAACUGCUCUACCAAGAGAGAAUCCUCAUGGCUUUACUGUCAGGAGGGCUUAACAAACACUGCAAGCUGUGCUGUCUUCUUCCAUACCCACCCUCACUGAGAAAACAAAUGAAAUUGCUCUAAUGUUCUCCCACCCUGUUCACAUCUCAUUUUCCAUUUAAAAAUAGUUUGCGUGCACAGACCUGCAUACUAAAACGGGAGAAAGCUGCAACAUCAGUCACAUAUUGAAUAUAAUUCUGUGGGCGGCAGUGUGUGUGUGUGUGUGUGUGUAAUUGACUGUUACUGUGCACACUGCAGAUUCUGUGACUCCAUGAUUCACCGUAAUCGUGCACACAGACUGAACACUGUGGGACGACGACGCUCGGCAUGCUUUGUUCCACCACAGUGGGUUUGGAGGGAAGAAAUGUGCUCCAUUGCAUUUGUGCCCAUCUGCAUUAGCUGUGCAUGCUCUUGCAUUGAGGAUAAUUCUAAAACAGAUCAGUGGUUUUAAUAAAUAUUGCAUAUGCUUUCUGGACUCAGACAUAUGACAUAUUUUGACUGCUAAUUGGACAAUAUGCAUUCAACUUAAAUUUUAAUCUAAAAGCCUGCAGCAUGUAGUUUACGCUGCGUUACUUUAUAGAAAUAAAGGCUAAGCAUGGCCAAUAAUGUUGUAAAAAAAAAAUCAAAUUUCAUACAAAAGCUCAGUCAGCUGGAGUAAUUCAUACAUAGUGGGAACAAGUCUUUGAAAAUGACUGCCCUUUGCUCAUGUUUUUUGUUAGGCACUGUAAAUUUAAUGCAUUUUCUCUCACUGUGCCCACUGGCCAUUCCUUAAAAUAAUAUUUUCUGACCCAAAAGAAAUUUGACCAAGGGUGUAAUCACCAUACCUUAAAAUAGAUGAACAGAAAACCUUUUUAAAGAUUCUUUGAUGUGUUGUACAAAGUUUUUGUGAACAUAACAGAACGCUGAUGUGGUGAGCAGUAUUUGUGUUAAUAACAUUUUAAAUUGAAGUUUGCAUGUUCACCACUUGGGGGCAGCACUCUGCCAUGUAUUAGCAGUGGCUUGGUAGAGCAAGACAAAUCCCCGGCUUCAGGUCCUCUGUCAUUUGGACAGCUGAGAUUUUCAGCUAAAUUUUUACACAGUCCACUCUUAUUUGCUGAUGAAGUUUACAGAGUUUGGAUCCUCCACUCUUGCCACUAAUAUAUCUUUCGAAUUCAAGUUUACAAGAAGCUUUAAUUAUAUUACCCCAAUGGUAUGCACUCUAAGUGUUGGUGUAAUUAUUCCCAAUCAGUUUGAUUUAUUUAGUCGUAAACAUGUUUACCAAGUCUUCUUCAGGAACUCAAGAUUUAUACUGUUCUGCCAUGCAGUGUCUGCAGUCGAGCACAAAUAUGCCAAAACUACAAGUAAUUCAGUUUUUUCAAUAUGUAUCAAUCUUUUUUGUUUUAAGUGGAAUUAUCAUUUUAUACAAUCAUACUCGUCUGUGCGAUUUUGAUAUGAAAUGUGACGUCUACAAGAAACUGAUGAUAGUUGUCUGUGAUUGUAGUGAAGUCAAAGGUUUUCAAGCAGAAAUUUGAAUUUAUGUGUGCAUGCUUGUGUUCAUAUUGCCUGAUUGCUUACUGCCAAUCAGAUCACACAUCACUGCAACUUUACAUCAACUUAUCAACUACUUCUGAAUGUGUGAUGUGUUCAUUAAAUCGCUAUUUCAUGGGGUAAAAACACUGCUGUCCUAACUCCUGCAACUAAAUUGACAGCCCACUAUCUACAUAUCACUCAUCCCCCUGAAUCAAUAUGACUUCACAAUGUAUUAUAUUUAUUUAAUAACCACUUUCUCAACGUUGCUGUGACACAUUGAGAUAUAAUUUUCAGUGUUAUAUUGAGUUAUUUAUACAUUAAUGUGUUAUUGUAAUUUAUUCUUUAUUUAAUAAAAGCACAUUCCCAUGUU